AUGUCCAACAACAACUCCAGCAACAACUUAAUUCUCGCCCAGAGGGCCGUGAAGCAGCUCCGGUACGAGGCCAGCCACAGGAGGAUCAAGGUGUCCCAGGCGGCCGCCGACCUGAAAAACUUCUGCAUGCAGAACGCCUCCAAGGACCCCCUCCUGAUGGGGGUCCCCUCCAGCGAUAACCCCUUCAGACCCCCCAAGUCCUGCUCUCUGUUCUGA